AUGAAAACGACGAACGGCGAACGUUGGGAACGCGAGGCAUGCUCUCGAUGUCGAAUGCACGGAGCUCAUUUAGAGGGAUUGCCUUGCGAUGACACCGACCCAGCCAGACUUUGUAUAACAGGAAGAUGUUCAAAUUCCAUCUGUCACACGCGACAACCUGGAUCAUUCUGUGACCGCAAGAUGGAAAAAAUAUGCGUGGACAAUUCUUGUGAAAAUCCAUGUGCGCGGUUUGCGCCCCAUUUGAUGGUGUGCGACUGUCCUGCUAUUGACCAGGACACUGGUUUCGCUUCGGAUGACAGAUGUCAACUAUGUUGUUACGACUUCAAUUUGGUGAGUUCAACUAGAUUCUUUUUAUCAGAAAACCGCCCACGAUUUAUGUGA